AUGGAGAAAUCAGCUGCUUCAGACAUUGUGAUCGUGUCAGGAAACUCACAUCCCGAACUUGCAGAACUAAUUGCCAAUCGACUAGGUGUGAAAAAUGGCGGGUGUUUUGUUUAUUACAAAACAAACCGUGAGACUAUGGUCGAAAUUGCCGAUUCUGUCCGUGGAAAAGACAUUUAUAUUAUUCAAACAGGUACUAAAGAUGUAAAUAAUAAUAUAAUGGAAUUAUUGAUCAUGGCUUACGCUUGUAAAACUUCGUCUGCUAAAAACAUCAUCGGUGUCAUUCCUUACUUACCGUAUUCAAAGCAAUGCAAAAUGCGUAAACGCGGCUGCAUUGUUUCCAAAUUACUGGCCAAAAUGAUGUGCAAAAGUGGUCUCACCCACAUCAUUACAAUGGAUCUACAUCAAAAAGAAAUUCAAGGAUUUUUUGAUUGUCCUGUUGAUAACUUGCGUGCUAGUCCAUUCCUCUUGCAGUAUAUUCAAGAAAGUGUACCCGAUUACCGUAACUCUGUGAUAGUUGCUAAAAAUCCAGGAAGCGCUAAAAAAGCUACCAGCUAUGCCGAAAGACUUAGAGUUGGAAUAGCUGUUAUUCAUGGUGAACAACGAGAAUCAGAGUCUGACAUGAACGAUGGUCGUAAUUCACCACCGACUGUUGUGUUGUCCUCGAGAACUAUGGAAGUUGGUGUUGGUGUACCAUCUCACCCAGCUAAAGAAAAGCCACCAAUCAAUGUUGUUGGUGAUGUCAAUGGUCGUAUUGCAAUCAUGGUCGAUGAUAUGGUAGAUGAUGUUCAAUCAUUUGUUGCUGCUGCUGAGGUUCUGAAAGAACAAGGAGCUAACAAGAUUUAUGUUCUUGCUACACAUGGUUUACUCAGUUCAGAUGCUCCAAGACUCAUUGGCGAGUCACCUAUUGAUGAGGUUGUUGUUACUAAUACUAUUCCACAUGAAAUCCAGAAGAGUCAAUGUUCUAAAAUUAAGACGGUUGACAUAAGUAUUCUUGUAGCAGAAGCAAUUCGCCGUAUUCAUAACAAAGAAUCAAUGUCUUAUCUAUUUAAGAAUGUCACAACCGAAGAUUAA